UCAAAACUUCAAAAACCCUCUUUUUGCUCCCAAACGCGAAUACCAACGGCUCUAAAAAAAAUUAAAAAAAUAAAAAAAAAAACGACACCAUGGCUACAGAUGAGUGCUCCUACGAAGAGCUCCGUAGAAAGAGGGUUCUUGAAAACCUCAAGCAUCUCGAAGAUCUAGGGAUUUCAAAGAUUUCAAAAAGCCUCUUGGAAGUUGCAAAGUCCGAGCACAAACAACUGAGAUGUCAGUCAAGCCCCAGGUCAAGAAAAAAGUUUGAAACUGUCGAAGUAAGACGCUCUGCAAGAGCUCGUAACCAAGUCUCAUACCGUGAUGAAGUUGAUGAAAUAGAUCUCCGAUCGUAUCGCAAAAGAUACUGUAGAAGUGAGCAAAGUGGAAGGGGAUAUACAGGGAGAAUCUCUUCUUAUGAAGAACAAGCCCGUGCCGUAAAGAAAGCAGAGGAACUUCAAAGUGGUUUAGAUCCCAACAACCCAUCUUUUGUCAAAAGCAUGGUUCGAUCGCACGUCUCCAGUUGCUUUUGGCUUGGUCUUCCGUCAAGGUUCUGCAAGGAGCAUCUACCUCCUAAGGAAGUGACAAUGGUUUUGGAAGACGAAAAUGGUGCGGAAUUCGAUGCCAUCUACAUUGGGACCCGAACCGGUCUGAGUGGCGGAUGGAGAGGCUUUGCUUUGGAGCAUAACUUGGAAGAUGGAGAUGCCUUGGUGUUUGAGUUGACCGAGCCGACUAGAUUCAAGAUUUACAUUAUAAAAGCAAUUGAAGAUGAAGUUGAAGCUGACGAUGAGAUGAUCGAUGAUGCAGAUACUAAACAAAGUAUGGAAUCAAUGAAAAACGAAGAACCUGAUGAGCAGGAAUCACCUGUUUCUCAAAAUCCGCCUUCGAAAUCUGGAUCGAACAAGCGAAAACGGCGAAGGUAGCAGCUCAGUAACAUUUGAAUCAAGAUAUAUAGAUGGUGUACAUUUAUUCUUGGACAUGCCAGAUCAUUUUGGUUCCUUUAACUGGUCCGAUCCCUUUUUUAAACUAAAACAUUACUUUCGCUUCAUCUUCAAGUUGUAGCGCAACCAGAAACUGUUACGAAUGUUGUAGACAGAUUUUUAUUGCCAACUUGUGGAAAGUUUUAAUC